CAAAAGGCACAACUAAAGGUGACGCCAAUCUGUCAGCCCAUCUCUGCCGUACCGUCAGCCCAGGUGUGACUUCCCCACAGUGACCAGACCACCCUCCAGACUCUCAGGCUCAACAGUUUUAUAUGCUAAGGAUUAUCUAUUUCUUCAGAGUGUGAGAGCCUCAUCUGAACAAUGUCUUCAGUCACCCCCUACAAAGGCCAGAAGUAUUCAGUUCUGAAGAAAUCAUGCUGGGAGGCCAAUAAGCUAUUUGAGGAUCCAGAAUUUCCCACUGUAGACAAAUCCCUGUUCUAUCAGCGCUCACCUCCUGGAAGGGUGGAGUGGAAGCGGCCGGGGGAAAUCUGCGAUGACCCUCACUUUUUUGUCGAGGGAAUCAGCUCUCAUGACAUCAACCAAGGUAUGCUGGGAAACUGCUGGUUUGUGGCAGCAUGUUCCUGUCUGGCACUCCAACCAGAUUUAUGGAAGAAGGUAAUCCCCAACUGGAAGGAGCAGGAGUGGGACCCUAAACACCCAGAGAGCUAUGCUGGCAUUUUUCACUUCUGCUUCUGGAUCUUUGGUGAAUGGAUCGACGUGGUAAUAGAUGACCGGCUGCCCACCAUCAGCGGGAAACUUGUCUACUGCCACUCGAAGGAAAAAAAUGAGUUCUGGAGUGCCUUGCUAGAGAAGGCCUACGCCAAGUUGUCUACAUGUUAUGAGUCCCUAGAUGGAGGGGAUGCAGUGUGUGCACUGGUGGACUUCAGCGGGGGUAUAGCAGAGCACAUAAACUUGGAAAAAGGGCACUAUGCCUCCGACCCAUCUGCGCAAGCAGGGCUCUUUAAGAAGCUGCUCAAGGUAUAUGAGAGGAAUGGCAUGAUCAGCUGCUCCAUCAAGGCAUCCCAAACUGAGAGGGAGGCACGUAUGGACUGCGGCUUGGUCAAAGGCCACGCCUACUCAGUGACAGCUGUCAGGAAGAUACGGUUGGGACAGUCCAUGCAGGCCCACUUUAAGGUGGAGAAGAUUCCUAUGAUCCGCAUGCGGAACCCAUGGGGGAAGAUUGAGUGGAAGGGGCCAUGGAGUGACGGCUCUGAGGAGUGGCAGAGAGUGGGGAGUACAGAGAGAGAAUCCAUAGGGCUCACGGUAGAGGAUGAUGGAGAGUUCUGGAUGGCUUUCGAUGACUGGUGUAAGUACUUCACGAGUGCGGACGUGUGCCACGUGAUCAACACCUCAUUGGCGGAAGCUGGAAAGACAUGGAACAAAGUUGUGCACUACGGCAGCUGGACCAAGCAUCCUGUGCCCAUACUGAACCGUUGUGGGGGCUGCAUGAAUGACAAGGAGACAUUCUUACAGAACCCACAGUACUUGUUUAACAUGACAAAAGAGGAGGAAGAGAUCCUUGUUUCCCUGCAGCAACAAGACAUGAAAAUUCACAGACCACCUGGCCAGGGGGAGAAUCUCACAAUUGGCUUUGUAAUUCUUAAGGUAGAGCUAAACAGGAAGUAUCGUAUGCAUGACAUACUGACACAGGAGGUUGUGGCCACAUCAACCUAUAUAAAUUCGCGUUCUGUGUUCAUGCAUAAAAUACUUCCUAAAGGGUGUUAUAUCAUCGUACCUUCCACGUUCACACCAGAGGUGUUGGGGGACUUCAUGAUCUCCGUCUACACCGACGUGGAUUCUGGCUUGAGGGUGCUGACUGAGGACAAGCCCAGAGUGAACUGCUGGAGUGCAUAUCUGGGGUACCCUAGGGUUGUCACGCAGAUCCAUAUCCAUGGAGCAGAAGGGCUUGAAAAUCAGGAUAGCAGUGGGGGAGCUGAUCCCUAUGUAGUCAUCCACUGUGAGGGAAAAUCGGUUCAGAGUGCAGUCCAGAAAGACACUUUAGAUCCAAUCUUCGACAUGAGAGCUAUCUUCUACAGGAAGAAACCCAGAAAACCAAUUAUUGUUGAGGUGUGGAACAGUAACGCCUUGCAAGAUGAGUUCAUGGGCCAGGUAGUUCUGACGGCUUCGGUGCAGGACUCCGCAGAACGGCGGAACAUACGGUUGCAGAACAGGGGUCAGGAUGCUGGGGAUGAGACGCCUGGGACCAUUACCUUGAGAGUGAUCACCUCUGCACAGCUGACCAGCAUGUGAAUGUAAACCAGCAGAAUGACAGCAGCCCUUAGCUCCUGAACCAGUUAACUGACAUUUUUAACUGUUGCCCUCACCAUCUCCCACACAUUUUCAUUGACUGUGAAUCUAAGUGGCAUAAACACCCAUCCAACUGGUUUGUGUGGCCCUUCACCCUUUCCAUCCAGCUUGCUGACAUAUUACCUGAAACUUCACCUUGAUACCUGUCUACCAAACUGCCAUCUCACCCCAGAUCCAGUUUUACAUCUUCCUAGACAAGCCUGUGAGCUGUAACUUUACCCUGAAAUCAGACGACAGGUUUACAGAGUGUAAGUCAGAAGCCACCAAUUAUAUAUAUGGUCAACAAUUUAUGUUGUAACGUGUGUUUAUCUGAAUACUACAUACCUCUUUCAAGCAGAAAUCCUCUUCCAUCAGUUGAAAUGAGGAAAAUUAUAAAUGUGUACCCAGACCAACAAGAAGACACACAUAUCCACUUAAAUAUCAUUAAAAAUAGAAUAGCAGUUCAAGUAAGAGCACUGACUUCCAAUAUCAGUUACAACCUGGAUCACAGGUAAGGCAGUAACGUGGGAAGACAUCUGUAGUUUCAGUCGCAGGAAUUGACAGAUUUUUUUUCAAUUUUAACUUUUUUGCGAAGCACUUAACUUUUUUUUGAUACAAUUGAAACCUGUAAUUAUGGGUGAAAACCACUAAAAUAAUGUUAAGAAAACUCUGGCAGAGAUGACAGACUCAGUAAUGGUCACUGUGAUGUGUCCAGAGGGAAAUAGGUGUGAAAAAUCCCGAGCAAAAUACUGUAAAGGAAAUGUUCCAGUUAGGGAGACUAUGUACUGUAAUGUUUCGGGUAAUAAGAAGGACAAGAAGCUACACCAGUAUACUUUGUCAUUGUUCAGUUGUACUUGCUUAUAGGGCAGAAGUUUCUUU